AUUUGUGGUAAAUCAUUCUCUCAAAAAGGUCACCUUACUUAUCACAAAUCAGUUCAUACGGGUGAGAAACCAUAUCAGUGUGAUAUCUGUGAUAAAUCCUUUUCAUUAAAAAGUUAUUUAACUACUCACAAACUCAUUCAUACUAAUGAGAAGCCAUAUCACUGUGAUGUCUGUGGUAAAUCAUUCUCUCAGAAAAGUAACCUUACCUCUCACAAAUACAGUCAUACAGGUGAGAAACCAUAUCACUGUGAUAUUUGUGGUAAAUCAUUCUCUGAUAAAAGUCACCUUACUAGACACAAAUCCACUCAUACAGGAGAGAAACCUGUUCACAAAUUCAUUCAUGCUGGUAGGAAGCCAUAUCACUGUGGUAAAUCAUUCUCCCAGAAGCACAGCCUUACUUCUCACAUAUCCAUUCAUACAGGGGAGAAACCAUAUCACUGUGAUGUCUGUGGAAAGUCAUUCUCCCAAAAAAGUCACCUUACUUCUCACAAAUACAUUCAUACAGGAGAGAAACCUUAUCACUGUGAUAUUUGUGGUAAAUCAUUCUCUCGAAAAAGUCACCUUUCUUCUCACAAAUCCACUCAUACAGGAGAGAAACCAUAUCGAUGUGAUAUUUGUGGAAAAUCAUUCUCUCAUAAGAGUAGUCUUACUUAUCACAAAUCUGUUCAUACUGGAGAGAAACCAAAUCAGUCUGCUCAUACUGGAGAGAAACUAUGUGACUGUGAUGUCUGCAGCAAAUCAUUCUAUUGUGAAUAUGCUGUAUAUACUUAUAAACGUAUUCAUACAGGAGAGAAACUCUAUUGCUGUGAUACCUGA